CCUCGUGCCACCAGAAGCUUCCAGGCUUUGCUGUCCAACGCGUGCUGCAAAAAUGAUGGGCCAGCAGGUUUUAGUGCUCAAUCAGAACGUGAAGAGAGAGUCAGGACGUAAAGUUCAGACUGGAAACAUCAACGCUGCCAAGACCAUCGCAGAUGUGAUCAGGACCUGCCUCGGCCCUCGGGCCAUGAUGAAGAUGCUGCUCGACCCAAUGGGAGGCAUCGUGAUGACCAACGAUGGGAACGCCAUCCUCAGAGAGAUCCAGGUCCAGCAUCCGGCUGCCAAGUCCAUGAUCGAGAUCAGCCGCACGCAGGAUGAAGAGGUCGGAGACGGGACGACGUCCGUCAUCAUCCUCGCUGGGGAGAUGCUGUCUGUAGCCGAGCAGUUUUUGGAGCAGCAGAUGCAUCCCACCGUCGUCAUCAGCGCCUACAGACAGGCUCUGGAGGACAUGCUGGAAACACUGAAGGAGAUCAGCACCCCCGUGGACACAGAGGACCGCUCCAUGAUGUUGAAGAUCUUGCACUCGGCCAUUAACACGAAGGCUCUGAGCCGCUGGUCUGAGAUGGCGUGCAACAUCGCUCUGGACGCCGUCCGCACCGUCGAGCUGGAGGACUCCGGCCGCAAAGAGAUCGACAUCAAGAAGUACGCCAAGGUGGAGAAGGUUCCAGGCGGGAUCAUCGAGGACUCGUGCGUGCUGAAAGGCGUCAUGGUGAACAAAGACGUGACGCACGCGAGGAUGAGACGCAUGAUCAAAGAGCCGAGGAUCGUCCUGCUGGACUGUUCACUGGAGUACAAGAAGGGCGAGAGCCAGACUGACAUAGAGAUCAGUAAGGAGGAGGACUUUGCCAGGAUCCUGCAGAUGGAGGAAGAAUACAUCCAGCAGAUCUGUGAGGACAUCAUCCGCCUGAAGCCAGACCUGGUGUUCACUGAGAAGGGCAUCUCAGACUUGGCUCAGCACUACCUGGUGAAGGCGAACAUCACGGCCAUCCGCCGAGUGAGGAAGACCGACAACAACCGCAUCGCCAGGGCGUGCGGCGCUCGGAUCGCCAGCCGAACCGACGAGCUGCGUGAGGAAGACGUGGGAACAGGAUGCGGCCUGUUCGAGGUGAAGAAGAUCGGAGACGAGUACUUCACCUUCGUCACCGAGUGCAAAGAUCCCAAAGCCUGCACCAUCCUGCUGAGAGGAGCCAGCAAGGAGAUCCUGGCUGAGGUGGAGAGGAACCUGCAGGACGCCAUGCAGGUGUGCCGUAACGUGCUGCUGGAGCCCUUCCUGUUGCCGGGCGGCGGCGCCACGGAGAUGGCCGUGUCGAAGCGUCUGACGGAGCGUUCCCGUUCUAUCACCGGCGUGGAACAGUGGCCGUACCGCUCCGUGGCCCAGUCCCUGGAGGUCAUCCCCAGAACCCUGAUCCAGAACUGUGGAGCCUCCACCAUCAGAGUGCUGACAUCACUCAGGGCCAAACACAUCCAGGAGGACAGUGUGAACUGGGGAGUCGACGGUGAGACCGGCUUACUGUCAGACAUGAUCUCUCUGGGUAUCUGGGAGCCGCUGGCAGUCAAAGCUCAGACCUACAAGACAGCUGUGGAGACGGCCAUCUUGUUGCUGCGUAUCGAUGACAUCGUCUCUGGUCACAAGAAGAAAGACAAAGACGAGCAGAUGGGAGGACACGGAGCCGAGUAGAACCACAAGAAACCCAAGAAACCCACGUCAGAGUCACUCCGUCACUGUCUGCGUGUGUGUGUAUGUGCAUGUAUGUGUAUGUAAGUGUGUGUAUGUGCAUGUAUGUGUAUGUAAGUGUGUGUAUGUGUGUGUUUGUGGGGACCAGACGAUUCACUGAAACUUUAAAAAAACGGUCAAUAAACAUAAAGUUAGAAACCA